CUAGUUUAAUACAUAAUCAAAACAAAGAUUACUGGUGACUUUUAAUCAUUAAUUAAAAGCCAUUUGUUGUUGUUAGGAGAGCUCACGUCCUGCCUCUGGUCCAGUCAUCCCCUGCAUCACUUGUCAGAAGGAAGUUCCCUUUUCAGAGAUGAAGCUGCACAGAUUGAGCUGCAAUGGGACACCCAUGCAGGAAUCAGAAAGAGAACAAGAGGGAGGCCAAAGGGAAGAAAAUGAUAGUGAGACCGCCCUAGUCAGUGACAGUGUUCCAGAGAGGUCUGAAACAUCAGCUGAGAGUGCAGUAGUACCAGCAGUGAUUGUUAACGAGGAGUUGGAUCACAAAGAAACAGACAGUGAAUGGAAGCUUAUUAAAGAACCCACUCAAGCUGCCAAAGUUUUCAAAGAGAAUCUGCUAAGGGAACAUGCAACUGGGAAACCACUUAGAAUGAAGAUGGAUGUAAGGGAGUCUGAAGAGGACCGGGAACGGGAGCUUCUCUUAUUCUAUAAACAGCAGCAAGAAUGGGCAUGUCCACUUCAUUGUACUCUGGUUGGUGAUGUUGCUAUCGGAGAGGGAGUGAUGCGGUACUUUAUGACAACAAUCAUAUCCAAACUCCAGUUUGGAUUCAGUCUAGAUCUUGGAGGAAUGGGCCGAACACUGCUAUUUGAGGGUGAACCUGACCAUCUUGUUCCAGCAGCAUCAGAGGCACUUAUUGAAAGCAACCUCUUCCGGGUUGCAGGAAGGAUGUUGGCCCACACCUUUCUGCAUGACGGUCCCCAUGUCACAGGAUUAAGUCCUGCUGUAAUUCAUGUACUCUUCAAUGGGGACCCUGAAAUGGCUACUGUUGUUGUUAAAGACUGUCCUGAUCUGCACAUCAGGAGCAUCAUAGAACUGCUUGAACAUGAAGAACUUACACCGGAACAGAAAGACACAGUUUCAGAUCUUUCCAUGUCUUGGGAUCUUCCGGCAGUCACCAAAACAAAUCGGAGAUGGCUACAUAAUAAACUUCUACUCCAUGCAGUCGUUGGGAGGACCAUGCGCCAAAUUAAACAGUUGAGAAAGGGACUGAAAGAUGUGAUGGUAUGGCCCCUGCUGACAUCUAGGCCAGAUGUUGUCCCACUUCUUUUCCCCAAAAUGGCUGAAAUGCAGUUCACACCCCAGAUGCUCCUAGAAAAAAUCACAUGGCCAGUUGAGGACAGUGAUGAUGAAGACUUUGACUUGGACACCACCUGCCGCAUCACUGGCUUUUUAAGGAUGUUCAUUGAAACAGCUUCAUCAGGUACCCUGGCCCAGCUGCUGACAUUCUGGGUUGGCUGGGAGAUGCUUCCUCUUGAAUUGAUAGUGGAGAUUUCUGGGGGAACCCUUCCUACGUCCUCCACAUGCUUUGAAACCCUAAAGCUGCCAGCUCAUUUCAAAAUCUACAUGGACUUUGAGAAAGCACUUGUCGCUGCUAUAAAAAGUACUGGAUUUGGGCUGGUUUAA